CGCGGAAAUGGUUCAGACGACAUGGCAGUUAAUCUGCAGAUGUUUUUAUUCUUGUUUAAGUCAAAAUAUCGCCGAAAAUGCCAUAUUCAACAAAUACUAGUUUGUUUAGUAGUUAUUUAUUCUUGGGUGUUCAAUGUUAUGUGUAGUGCUAAGUGUAGUGACGUCCAUUGUAUGAAUGGAGAGUGUGUAAAUGGGACUUGUGUUUGUUUUGAUGGGUGGCAAGGGCCUUCUUGUCAAUUUUGUGGUGGUAAAGUAAGAUUAUCACAGUUGUCUGGCCAUAUCCACGAUGGAGCUGGUAACUACUCCAUUGAUGUCAAAUGCAGCUGGCUGGUGGAUGCCAAGCCUUACAAUGCCUCCAUCCGACUCCAUGUUGAGGAGUUUGCUACUGAAUGCGGCUGGGACCAUUUAUAUGUAUUUGAUGGUGAUUCUGUCCAUUCGCCGUUACUGGCUGUUUUCAGUGGACUCAUGUACAAGGAUGCGUACGCGAUACGCAGGAUACCCGAGGUGGUGGCACACUCGGGCUCGGCUCUCCUUCACUUUUACAGUGACGUCGCGUACAACAUGACUGGCUUUAACAUCUCCUACAGACUCAACUCGUGCCCCAGCAGCAAGUCAGCAGUCAACUGCUCAGGUCACGGGGUCUGCCUGGACGGCGUGUGUACUUGUGACGCCAUGUACAUGGGUGACGCAUGUGACUUGGAGAUCUGCCCCAAUAACUGCAGCUACAGCAAUGGUGUUUGCAAUCGAGAGGCUCACCGCUGUGACUGUGACGACAAGUACAAAGGGGAAGACUGCAGUCAGGUAGCAGAGUUUGGCUACUGGGAGGUGGUGCAACCGAAAGAUUUCCAACCUGAAGGGUCAGCUUCCCACACGGCGGUGGUGUGGAGAGACUCUUUGUACAUUGUCGGGGGCGAGUCCUACAACCGCUCUCAGAUGAUGUACAUUUACGAUUUUAAUGGUAAUGUCUGGGAGACACCUCAUUUAGAAAGUAGAAACAUUCCCAAACCGAGAUAUGGCCACUCAGCAGUGUUGUUUGGGGAUAAGAUCUACAUGUAUGGAGGAGUCAAACUGGGAGGGGAAGUCUGUCGUGAGCUGUGGGCGUUCGACGUCAGUGCUAAGUCCUGGGAAAACAUCACAGUCAAGGCGGAACCAUGUUUAGGCAACUCUACAUCUCUUUGUGGUCCUUUGAACUCGGCAGGACACACAGCCACUCUAGUCACAAACAAGCAGAAGAAAGAACGAAUGGUUGUAAUAUUUGGGCACUCUCCCAUAUAUGGUUAUCUGAACACUGUACAAGAGUACCAUUUUGGUACGAGGACUUGGAGUAUAGUCCAAACCAAGGGAUUCUCAGUGAAAGGGGGUUACGGACACAGCAGCGCGUGGGACUCCAUUACACAGAGGAUAUAUGUGUACGGAGGUUUGGUCUAUGACUCCAAUGCCACGCCAGCCCUAUCUCAGUCUCUCUACGCGUACGAACCAUUUACUCAUGUCUGGACAAUGCUGAUGCCAGCGACGAGUGCUAGAUUCCUCCACACUGCUGUGUUUCUGAACGGACUUAUGUUGGUGUUCGGUGGCAACACACACAACGACACUGCCCACUCGCACGGUGCCAAGUGUUACUCUCACGACUUCUUGGCGUAUGAUGUAAGCUGUGACACUUGGUCGUCCAUCUCUGUUCCUGUGGAGCUCAGAGCAGACCUUGCUCGCUUUGGCCAGUCCGCUGUCGUCUUCGAGAACAGCAUGUACAUCUACGGCGGUUUUGACGGGCAAAUGCUGAACGACAUGCUUAAGUACACGCCUGGAGUGUGUUCUGCUCUAACCAAUCCUGCCAACUGUGUCAAGACAACAGUGGGAGUAAAGUGUGUCUGGCACUCGGAACAUAACCGCUGUGAACCUCUCAGUGCCGUGCCCUUGAACGUCAUUAACGAUAAGGAGAAAGACAUCCUUUUGAAGUGCCCGGAGCACGGUAGAGCGCUGGAACGCACAGGACUGUUGACGUGUAAGGCUGUUACUGACUGUGUGUCCUGCGUCCACACAUCUCUCAGCUGCGGCUGGUGUCCUGGCUCUAACACGUGCACCCACGAGGAGCGCUGUAAGGAGCCCAUCCCUCAUACCGGCACUUACUCCACCACCAGGGGUCCUAUCGUGUUAGAAGCACUUAACGGUUCAGUAAGCACAACAACAGAACUAAUGAACAGAACUGAAAACAACUCUAAGCACAUUGAUACUGUUCAGAGUUUUAAUGGAAGUAAUAUAGAGCCGGUGACUUCGGAGAUGGAGUGUCAGCCAGUGACGUUAGACCCUAUAUGUAGCCAGCUCCAUUCCUGCCCGGCAUGUGCAAGCCAGCCCCUCUGUCACUGGCAUUACGGUGGACCCUGCAAGGCUGCCAGCAAUCUCACCCUCGAUGAGCAGCAGGAGUCGGUGGGUUGUACCAACAGCUGUUCUCAGUUGACUACCUGCCUGAACUGUACAGUGGAGGAGUGUAUCUGGUGUCAGAAUGAGGAGAGGUGUGUGGACAAGACAGCGUACACGGCAAGCUUUCCGUAUGGCCAAUGUCGAGAGUGGACCACCCACCAGGCUCGCUGCAGAGCUACCGCAGGUCGUUCGCAGUGCAACUUUUUCCGGACAUGUUUCCAGUGCCGGGAUGAUCCAGAGUGUGGCUGGUGUGAUGAUGGUUCGGGUACGGGGCUGGGGGAUUGUCUACCUGGGGGCAAUACGGGACCACAUCCUCCCCACACCUGCCCCAACAACAAGUGGUUUUUCACAUGUUGCCCCACCUGCCAGUGUAAUGGUCACAGCACAUGUUCCAACAAUAGCAGUCUGUGUAACCAGCCGUGUGCCAACCUGACUCAGGGACCCCACUGUGAGCGGUGUGUGCCCGGUUACCAUGGCAACCCUGUCAACGGAGGGCGCUGCAUACCGUGUGAGUGCAACGACCAUGGCUCACUAUGUGACCACGAGACGGGCAAGUGCUACUGCACCACUAAGGGUAUUGUGGGGGAUCACUGUGAGAGAUGUGAUACCCAGAACCACUACCACGGCGACCCAACCAACCAUGGCUCCUGCUUCUAUGAUUUGACAAUUGACUAUCAAUUUACAUUCAACUUGUCUAAGAAGGAUGACCGCCACUAUACUCAGAUCAAUUUCAAGAACAGCCCACCCAAGGCUGAUGUGGAUGCUGACUUCAGCAUCACUUGCUCUGUCAUGGCCAAGAUGAACAUCACCAUCAAAACUGCCACAAAUGGGGAGAAGGCUAUGCUGAGUGCCGUGAACUGUUCCAACUUCCGGUGGCGCUUCACCAAGGCAGACCAUCACUUUGGUGUGUCCGAUAACGUUACCCUCACCACGUUCUAUGUGUACGUGUAUGACUUCCACCCCCCGCUCUGGAUUCAGAUCUCCUUCUCACAGUAUCCUAAACUCAACCUGCAGCAAUUCUUCAUAACUUUUUCAUCAUGUUUCCUGUUGUUGCUACUAGUGGCAGCAGUACUUUGGAAGAUCAAACAAAAGUACGACAUGUACAGGAGGCGACAAAGACUGUUUGUGGAGAUGGAACAGAUGGCCAGUCGCCCAUUCUCUCAGGUCUUGGUGGAGAUCGAGAAGAGAGAUGUUUCUGCAGAAAUCACUGCCGUCAACAAUACGCUUAGGAGGCGGAAAAAAGACGCUCCGAGCCCCAUCGCACUGGAGCCUUGCUGUGGAAACAGAGCUGCCGUCUUGUCUCUGCUGGUCAGGCUGCCUACAGGGAGUGAGAGGUUCACCCCUCCGGGCCAAUCAGCGGGUCUGGCGAUAGCAUCAGCAUUGGUCACACUCGGCAAUCCUCGUAAGGUCAGCCUCGAUCCGACGACCAAAACGGAUAAAACAAAAAGUCGCAAGUCCCUCUCCAGUCAACACCCUGACAGCUGCAUGUAACCCUGUGUAUAUACUAGAUUGUAACAUACUGAUGUACAUUUAUAACAUAAUGUAGUUAGUUGAGCGUUGUGAAUACUGAGAACAAUGUUGGAACUGGGCGUUGACUCACAUCAGACUUCUUAAGAGUUUUAGUGUUUGGUACAAGGUUCUUAACAUUUUACAAUUAACUCGUUGAAAAUCUAGUCUUGAGGAUCUAUUAAUCUUACUUCUUGUGAUGUCCUUGCAUUUAAAUUAAAGAAAAGUAAACACUUUCUUAAAUAUAUUAUCAAACAAUUUUAAACUUAUUUACUAGUGAAUUGAUUAUAGAUUAUUGCUUUUGUACCAGUUGUCAGUGGUAUAUACAGAGAACUGGAGGUGAUGUAUGACAAGUCCUUUCCAGCUCUGGUGUUUUCAACCAGGAAAACAAUAACAAUUGCAGCUGGUCCUCGUAACAAUUAAUUUACUCCUUUAGCACUAUGGUGAAUGUAUGAUACAGAUCGGUGUGUUGUAGUGUAACCAGUGAUUAAAUACGUGAAGAGAUAAAUCAAUAAGCUCGGACGACAAAGUUGUAUUAUUACCAUUUAAUCUUAGAAGUUGCUGGAUAGCUAGCAAAAGUGGCAGAUGACAAAAUUUAAUAAUGGAAUAUUAUCCUCUUACCCCUUCGGAUACAACACUAGCAUUAACGCUGACAAGACAAUCAAAUUAAAUUAGGUGAUCCUAAUUAAAUCGAUUAGGCAAGGAAAGAAUUGUGUGAUUUAUCUCUCUGUGUGUAAUCUAUGCCAGACAAGAAGUCAAAGUAUCAAUGCAAUAUAUUACAUUAUAAAUUCUAAUUUUGCUAAUAUUAGAAGGAAAAUUGUGGUUAAUGGAGAUAUGGUGAGUGAAAACAAUUUGAGUGAAAUUGAAUUCAGUUGGCCUCUUCCUAGUUACCAGUAAAAUUGUAAGGAAUAAAAAUCAACUUUGUUGUGACGUUCAUUUAAUAAUAAAAAUUCCCUUGUCAUUGAAAAAUAUUAAUUGUAAUCAGUCCUUUUAUUAAAAUUCCGUUUGUAUGUAUAAUCAAUUUAA